UCCGCAAGGUACCUACGCUGUUGCAGACUGCAGUGUUGAUUUGUCAGUUUUUUUUUUAUUUCUUACAAAUAAAGCUUUGGGAUUACCCAAAAAUGGCAAAUGACACCCCUGAAAGCGAUUUCUCGAUAGAAUGCUUCCAGAACUACUCAGCUCCAGAGGUAUUUGUUCAGGGCCUAGCUGGAAUGGUGGACCAAACGGACGUUGAAGUGAUCAUACGAGCGCAGAAAACUAUGCUGCAAAGGUUCGAGAAGACUACGGAAAUGUUAACAAACUGUAACCAGCUGUCAGCAAGCAGACUCCGAGCUGCAUCGGUGGAGUUCAAGAAGCACACACAACUGCUGCUAGACAUGAAGAAAGACCUGGACUUCAUAUUUAAGAAGAUACGUGCUAUUAAGACUAAAUUGAGCACUCAAUAUCCAGAAUCAUAUAAAUUGGCUGUGGCUGAUGCUGUGAUCACUAGACAACCAAUUGAAGAAGAGGAAGACUUUCCAUCGGAAACCAAGAUAGAAUCAAAAAUGGUUGCAACUGUCUCCACAGAAACAUUAAAACCUACCACCAGUGAUGAAAAGAAACCAAAAAGGAAAACAGAGAAAGUAGAUUCAGAAAUUAAAUCUAAAGAGGAAACUUCUAGAAAUGGAAGGAAAAUUAAAAGUAGCAGUUCUUCCGAAACUGAAAGCGCUAGUUCCGGUGACGAAAGUAGUACAGACACUGGUUGAAACUGGUUAGAAUUAAUUUUAGUUGGGAAUUUAAAUUAUCAUUUUGGAAAUUGUUAAUAAGUAAAACGAUUAUGUUGUGUCAAAUUAUAAAAAAAUUGAUCUGAAAAUGUAAAAUAUAGGCGUAUCAAAUUGUUGAGAAUUUGGUAAUCACUCAUAACAUGAUUUACAACUGUUUUUUUUUAAUUAUUGUCUUAAUACAAGAUACCUGACUUAGGGUUUGUGUUAGGUUUCUAUCAAUUAAAACCAUCAAGAAUUCAUCUGUGCCUCAACGCACAACACCUAUAAUAGUCAUCCUGAGAGAAAUAAUUAUAUUUGGUUCUUGUCAACAAUUAUGUGGUAAAAAUGACCUUGCUGACUUUUAUGUAUAAUAUACAAUCGCUCAUGUUAAAAUCAAUGAAAUACUAGAUAAUCAAUCAUAGUGAAAUGAACGAAGUAAAUAUAUUGUUACAA